AUACUUUUGUCUAGAUAAUGUACAUCCACCGUUGAGGCAGUUGGUGUGUGUGUUUCGUGUCGUUUGUCCCUCUUCUCUUCCCUUACAGAUUGGAUGUUAAUCACAUGACCAGGCAGGGCUGUUGCCUCUGCAGCUGGUUUUGUCGAGCUGUCAAAGGAUUUUCUCUGGCGUGAUGGAGCAAAUACGGGGUGGGUUUCACACCCCGUGACAUGUGGACUGAAGCAAAAAUCUUGCACUUUGCAACUCAUCUGAAACAAUACAGCCAGCCUCUGUUAUGGCCUCCAGUUAUCCACCCCCCUUUGAGGGCACAGGUGAAGUGAAGGAGGGCUUUCUUUGUCCACUGUGCCUGAAGGACCUGCAGUCAUUCUACCAGCUCCAAGACCACUAUGAAGAGGAGCACUCUGGAGAAGACCGCCAUGUUAGAGGACAGCUCAAAAGUCUGGUACAGAAGGCAAAGAAAGCCAAAGACAAGCUGCUGAAAAGGGAGGGAGAUGACAGACCGGAUACAGGCAGUUAUGAGUCCUUCUACUACGGUGGAGUGGAUCCCUACAUGUGGGAGCCUCAGGAACUGGGAGCAACCAGAAGUCACCUGGACUUCUUUAAAAAACACCGGGCAGCCAGGAUAGAUCACUAUGUCAUUGAGGUCAACAAGCUCAUCAUCAGACUAGAAAAGUUGACAUCAUUUGACAGGACCAACUCCGAUGCUGCCAAAAUCAGAGCCAUUGAGAAGUCAGUGGUGUCAUGGGUGAAUGACUCGGAUGUCCCGUUCUGUCCCGACUGCGGAAACAAGUUCAACAUCCGGAACAGACGGCACCACUGUCGUCUCUGUGGGUCCAUCAUGUGUGGGAAGUGCAUGGAAUUCGUCCUUUUACCUUUGGCUCAAAAGCUGAUCAGUGGAACACGAGAGGCCCUGUGUGUACCUGGAAGCCCCAUCCAGGCUCUGUCUGCCUCGGCAGGGGGCGGCGGCGGCGGUGGCAGUGGCAGUGGCAUGGGUUCCAGGAGAGGCAGCAUCAGCAGCCUGAGCAGUGUUACAUCCAUGUUGGAGGAAAAGGAUGACGAGAAGAUUCGCUGUUGUCACCACUGUAUGGACACACUGCUCAAGAGGCAGCAGAAGUUGGAAGAGAAGGACCAUGUGCCUGAUAUAGUGAAACUUUACGAGAGGCUGAGGAUGUGCAUGGAGAAGGUGGAUGAAAAAGCUCCAGAAUACAUCAGAAUGGCCGAGUCUCUUAAUGCCGGAGAAACCACAUACAAUCUUGACACUGCUGGUGGACUGAGACUGGAAGUCCAGAAAUACUACGAAUUAAUCGAUGCCCUGAGUAAGAAGAUUUUAACACUAAAUGCAAAAGAUGAUCCGCCACCACAUCCAAAGACCCUCCAGCUGCAGAGGAUGAUCCGCUAUACAGCCACGUUAUUUGUCCAGGAGAAGCUGUUAGGUCUCAUGUCUUUACCCACUAAGGAGAAAUAUGAAGAGUUGAAAGAAAAGAGGAAACAGGAACAAGAGAAGAGACUCCAACAAGAGAGACUGGCAGCUCAGGAGACCCUGAAGAGGAGGCAGGAGUCUGAGAAAAACCGUCCCUCUGCCAGCACCAAUGGAGAGCUGCCCCAGGCCUCUAGAGUUCCACGCAUGACCAAAGCUGGUGGUUGGCUGCCGUCUGCAGACUCUGCCAAUGAACGCAGCGAAUUGGAGGACCCCCUACUGCAGCAGAUUGAGAACAUACAGUCAUUUCUUCGUCAGGCAAGGGAGGCCCAGAGGACAGAUGAGGUAGCCAUGUUGGAGGAGAACUUGCGUCAGCUGCAGGAUGAAUAUGACCAGCAGCAGACCAGUUUGGCCAUCGCCCUCUCCCAGAGACUGGCUGAGGAGGAGAGCUUGCAGCAAGGGGAGCUCCGUCGUCUGGAAGCCUGGGAAAGGGAGGAGAGGGAACACUGGGGCCCCGCUGUGGGGUCCACCCUGUCUUCCAUCACCUGGGAAAGGUCCCUGGAUAUCACUCCGGCAGGAGGUUUCCAAAGAGAAGAAGAAGAAACUGAAGCUGAGGACCUGACUCCCAAAGCUGAGCGGAGUCCAUCCUCUGUAAGAGCAUUCCCUGCUCUCAAAAGCCAGGAGGAGUCACCUCCCAGGUUGAGGAGCUUAGGUGGGCAUGUAACCCCCCCUGGAGGUGAAGGACAGAAUAGCACCUCCCUCAACCCUUUCGAUGAGGAGGACUCUACUCCCAUUGAGGAGGAUCCAUCCAACCCCUUCUUAGAGGACAUCAAGCGGGAACACAAAGAGGUGACCAAUGGGAAGAAAGAAUACAACCCGUUUGAUGAAGAGGCGGACGUCGAGGAGGACAAACAGGUUGGAACCAUACCUGGCAACCCCUUUGAGGAGGAGGACGAUACUGAUGCAGGUAACCCCUUCCUAGAGGCAUCAGGGAGUUCUCCAGGAGUCUCAACCAACCCCUUUGAUGGGGACGAUGAUGACGAGGUUUUGCCUGAUGUGGACAUGAUAGAGGAGGAACUGCUGCUGCAGCAGAUUGACAACAUUAGGGCCUACAUUUUUGACGCAAAACUCAGUGGCCGUCUUGAUGAAGUGGAGCUCCUGUCAGAGAACCUAAGAGAGCUACAGCACACCUUACAGGAACAGAAAAAAAAGAAGCACUGACACCUCUCUCUCAACUCCCCCCGCCCGAUUACCUACUACUCACCAAGUCCUGCAAAGCUGGUUCACUUUACAGGACUUAUGAGCCCAUUGACUUUAAUUUGGGUGAGGUCUGCAGUACCACAACAAGACUAGGUUAGUGCAAAAAUUAAAAAAGUACUUGAGCUCAGUAGUGUGGAGUGAAUUUCCAAACAUCCUUCUAAACCACUUAUCCUGUACAUGGUCACAGAGGGCUGGGGCUUAUCUCAGCAUGCACAGUUUUUAAGCACUGUAAGUAAAAAUCCAUUUGUGCAGACGUUGCUUUAGAUAUUAACCCUGGUGUGUCGGUGCAAACGCGAACAAUGCCACUUAAAAGUUUUUUUUAAUGGAGCAGCCAGGUGGUUAUUUGAGAGUGGCUGUGAGUCUUAGGGAAGUCAGGAUGUAUGAUUUGGCUCUCUGGCAGAAGCUAUGAACAAAGUCAAAUUGGGAGCCAUGAAGCGAUUGAUGCACAUUUUGUAAUCUAUGGCUGAAUGAUGAAUUGUUUCUAGGGCUUUGCUUUUGCCAAAUUAAGUUAAAGGAGUGCUGAUUUAUCCCUAUAACCUCUCUAUAUAUCAAAAUCUGGCGCCUUCUUUACCCACAAUGAAACUGAACAGCCAACAGUUCAGUCAGAGGGUUGGAUGUGUUAUGCGAGUGGUGACUAAUGUAGCCUUGAGCCACUAGCCUCAUAUGGUCCAAAGAAGUCUGGUAAGGUCCUUUACACCCCCAGAUUUUCUGUUUUCAAAAUUAUAGUCUUCAGGUCCAACCGAUAUUGACUGAAGCGAAAUCACACUACGUAUGCAGUAGUACUUAAAUAAACUUUGAUGUAUAAAUUUGGUGGGAUUCUCCUUUAGUUCCACUAAUAUUAGAGGUAUGUUGUACUUAUAAUUUAUGGUCAUUUAUAAAAUCCCGCUGUUCAUUGAAUACCAAAGAACCAAAUCAUGCAUUACUGUUCUUACUUGGCCAUAAACAGCACUCAGACAAAAUAACCAUCUGAUAACUUCAUGAGAGACAAAUGAAAUUACACUUUAAUGACCAUGUUUUGGCAGCCUGGUGUUUGAAGAAAACUGAUCAUUGACUAGUUAGUUAUCUAUUAAAAUUGAAUCACAGGUUGAAGUUACUACUUCAGUCACUUGACUUGCACCACCUGUUGUCGCAGAGCCUGUGGCUACUUUGUUUCAUAGAUUUAUUUAGGGAAAUUAAAAGCACAUUACAUAAAAUCAAGCUAAUCUUGAUCUCUUAAUGUGUUGCUUUUGUUAGGUAAUGCUGACACAUUAUUAUGAAGACAUAACAAGGAAAAGCUUUUAAACUUUAAUCAUAUUGUUAGUAACCACGGGUCCAUCUGCGAUCAAAGUAUUUGUUCUAACAAUUGUUUAUUUGUUUCAGUGAAAGUUGUUUUUCUGUACAACUGAAUUCAAAUGAAAAUGAAAACCUCUCCCUGUCAAGUGACACUUUCUCAGUCUGCAUGAUUUAGAUGAAACUUGCGCUGAUUCAGUUCAUUAGACUUUUUUUUGUGCAUCUUGUCUACGCGCUGUUGGCCUUGGCUUGGUUGCAUUUUAAACUUUUCUUACAAUUUUUUUUUUUUUAAAGCAUCUUUGAAAGCCGCAGUGAGCCAAAUGAACAUAACUUUUUCCAUAUCCUACUGUGUGACCCCAAAAGGUUGUGAUCUUAUCGUUUACAGUGACACUAUUGAUCCAACCGAGCACUCGGGUUGCAUUUGACGCUGGUCUUUCUAUCGAGCUUGUGGCCGAGCCUGUCUUCCUGCUUUCUUGAUAAUCUCUUAACACACCGCUACUGUGACAUGCUGUAGAUCUGUAGGUAAGAUCUGUAUGUAGAGCAUGUUAUCCGUUCAGUAGUUAUGUCUAAGAAGUACAUUCAAAAUUCAUCCAGCCAGCUCUCACCAUGAACACUAUUUGCCAACGUACAUCGCAGGCAACAUUUAGUCAACAAAAGACACCAGAAUUCACCAAAAUCCCCGUGUAUACAUUAGUUCAGAUUUGAAAAAGAUCGACUAAAUUGUGAGGUCAACACAUUUUAGACAUUUUUUGUCAGAUAAAUUAACACUAGAUGAAUGCCAGCAAGUAUUAUCACUCAGUGCUGCUAAGUCCUUAUAUGGGUUUGUCAUAGUGCUUUCCUGUCAGUCAGAAUGUCCACAUUUCUCUUCGUAGACAUAAACAGGGUUCUGUACCAUCUGUUGAUCUGACACUGCUUAUCUGUGACAUCCACAGCAGGUCUUAAGAAAAACAUGUGACACUGUAAAUGUUUUGUGACAGUGUGAAGAACUCGAGGAGCUUUUUAAAUGUGAUUUUAGCAACAACAACAAAAAAAAGUAACAUUUUGGACACGCAGACAUCAUCAAUUCAUUAACUCUAGAAAGUUUCAUCUCAGCACCAAUAAAAAAGGAACGUUCUCUCUGUAA